GAAGUGCGGCGGGGGGAGGUGGAUUUGGUAUGGCUGCUGCCGCCGCCGCCGCUGCUGUCCCGCCUGAGGAGGCCUCGGAGGCCAGGCGACAAGGCCCCAAACAGGAUCCUGCUGUUGAAACAGCAGAAGAAGCAACAGAACCAGCUGAGGCAGAUAUCAAUGAACUUUGCAAGGAUAUGUUCAACAAAAUGGCCAUUUACUUAACAGGUGAACUGACAGCCACUAGUGAAGACUACAAACUCCUGGAAAACAUGAACAAACUGACUAGUUUGAAGUACCUGGAAAUGAAAGAUAUUGCAAUAAACAUAAGUCGAAACCUGAAAGACUUGAAUCAGAAAUAUGCCGGACUUCAGCCGUAUCUGGAGCAAAUCAAUCUGAUUGAAGAGCAGGUGGCAGCAUUGGAACAGGCUGCAUACAAGCUGGAUGCAUAUUCAAAGAAACUUGAAGCAAAGUACAAAAAACUGGAGAAGCGGUGAAAGAAGUGUGUUGCGUAAAAGGACUUUUCUUCAAGAAUACAUGACUUUCUCAUCUGAAGAAAACUGAACUUUACAAAACUUGUACUAUGAAACUACCAUUGGAGAGAGUCAUGUGGGCACUCUUAGGAACAGUGGUGCCCUGCCCUUUGUUUGAGGCUGAGACAUCUUUCCCUUCUUGUCGAAUCUGUUUCUUUUUACUAUUUUUGUCACUCGUUUUACAGAAAACUUAUCAGUAGAAGCCACUGUUAAUGGCUUCAACCAGGGCCCCGCAGUAGCUUAACUGGGCAGUUCUGUACCUCCUUCCCUAUUGAGCAAGUCCCUUCUGUGCUCUGAAAAUUGCUUCAUUUGUGAACGUGGAAGUUUCCAGUGUGCCAUGUUGGCAGGUGACGUGAUAGGGCCUUGCAGCAAAGCAUCUUCUCUCGCCGUGCUUUUUUGAGAAAUAAACACCUGGAAAUU